GCGCCGCCGUGCGCGGGGCGCCGGGCGGCCGCGGCGGGUGGCUGCCGGCUCUCCCCCAAAGUUUUUGGAUCCGCGUCUCCUCAUGAUGUAUGGAUGAUAUAUUGCAUUGUGGGUGUCAAUAUAACUGACGGCCAUAUUUGCCGGUGCUGCUACUGCUGUAAACAACCCAAAGUGUCUGGGAGACACGGAGACGCUUCGCUGAAUUUCAGGACGCUUCUCCUCCUCCCGCUGGCCAUGUCUCUGGGAAUGUCUUACAAGCCCAACUUGAACGCCCACAUCCCCGGGACUCCCCUCAACCCGGCUGGGGGCGUUCACUCUCCCUCCACAAGUAUGGCAACAUCAGCACAAUACAGACAGCUCAUAAACGACUAUGGCCCCCCAUCCCUAGGCUAUACACAAGGGAUGCAGGGCACCAGCAGCAGUCAAGUACCACAGAGCAAAUAUGCAGAACUUCUAGCUAUCAUAGAAGAAUUAGGAAAAGAGAUUAGACCUACAUAUGCUGGGAGUAAAAGUGCGAUGGAGAGGCUAAAAAGAGGCAUUAUCCAUGCUAGAGGAUUAGUCCGGGAGUGCCUGGCCGAGACGGAGCGAAAUGCGAGGUCCUAGCCCAGCUUCAGCUGCAAGGUUCUCCAUCUCCCCAUGAAGAAAAAGUAACACUUAUUCUUUUUGACUCUUGAAACAUUCAGACAAACUCCUUUAUUUUGAAUGUUUUACCGUUCUUGUUUUGCCCUUGCAAAAAUGUACAGUUAACAACGGGGGAAAAAAAAAAAACAACCCAAGGAUUUUUCACCUUACUGAGGGUUUGCAUUUUCUAAAGACAUUAAAACUCCCUAAAAUGUUUCUAAAACAUGGAAACUGAAGUGCAUGCAGAGGAAUGCUCUUUCUCUCCCAGGCUAUAUUUCAGUUCUCUUCUUAUCCAGCCACAGCCUCAUUCUGUUUUUUGUUUUUCCUUUGACUAUGUUCACUUAUCCCCAAAACGUCAAUCUUUCAAAGUUUGACAUAAGCUCUAAGGAUUUUUUUAAUAAAUGCAGAAUAGCAUGCUGUACCUAGUAGUCUGCUAAGUCACAAUUUGUCAUACAGCAUAGACCCUGCUUAGAAAUAACCUUCCCCUUCUCUUAUUUUUCCUUUUUUUGUUCAUUUUGCAUAAACAUUUGCAUGACUGUUAGUGCUUUGAAGUCCACUUAAAGUGCAUGAGCUAUAUGGAAAAUAGGGAAACCUAUUAAAUAAUAACAAGGUCCUGGAAAGCUAAUUUCUACAUUAAGGCUGGAGAUUUCAGUUUAAAGUUUGCAAAAAAAAAAAAAAGAAAAAAGAAAAAUGAACAUUCUGGAUAAAUUACUAAAACUGUUAUUUGCAUCUUUGUAUGUAUUUAUUACUUGACGUAAUAAAGCUUAUUUUCAUUAACA